UCUCUAGUUGCAGAGAGCGGGGGCUACUCUUUGUUGCGGUGCGUGGACUUCUCAUUGUGGUGGCUUCUCUUGUUGCGGAGCACAGGCUCUAAGCAAGGGGGGAGGAAACAAGACUGGAAGGCCUGUGAGAUGUGAAACCUUUUCAGCUCUGCCCAGGGUGCUCCAGGCAAGCCCCAGGAGAGGACCUUCACCAAGUCCAAGGUCCGAGAUGAACAGCAGCGCUGGGGACCUGGGUGUUGGUGCUGGCGGCCGCAGCCCCUGGGACGACCCUGCUGGCUUCAUCGUGGCGCCCUCAGCCUACGCUUUGGCGCCGGGCCUGGGGCUGCCAGCCAACGUGGCGACCCUGGCAGUGUUCGUCCACCGCGGCAGGCGUCUGGGCCAGGCCCUGCAUCUCCACCUGCUCAAGCUGGCCCUGGCCGACGUGUGGCUCACCUACUACCUGGGCCCGACCCACUGGCCCUUCCCGGAGGCUGCCUGCCGCGCGGCCGGGGCCACCUACUGCGUGUCCACCUUCGCGGCGCUCACCAGCGUGUGCCGCUGCGGCUCGGUGCGCCCGCCUGGCCCUGCGCCGCUGGGGCUCUGCCUGCGCCACGUGCGCCGCCGCCCGGCUGGCCGGCCUGGCCUGCGCCGCACCCUCGCUGGCUGCCCCGCAUGUGCAGCGCCCCAGGCGGGGCGGCGCCGCUCGCUGCCUAGAGCGCGGCUGGGCUAGCGCGGGCCUGGCCUAUGCCACCGUGGCCUUCUUCCCCACCGCCUUCCUGCUGGUGCUCGCGGCCUACGUGAGCUUGACGCGGGCGCUCGCGGUGCCCUCGGGCCCGGGCCCGGCCCUGGCCCCAGCUGGUCCAAACGCCAGGACCAUGGUGCUCGCGCACCUGUUGGUCUUUGCCCUCUGCCUGGUGCCCUUCCACCUGCUGCUGGCACCCUGAGUGGCCGGGCAGGAGGGCACCGUGGGCCGCGACGACGGAGGGUGCCGGGCCACCUCCACGCUUGACGUGCACACCCUCAGCCAGGCGCUGCUGACUCUCAACAGCUGCCUGGACCCGCUCAUCUACUGCUUCUCUGUGCGCAGCUUCUGCCAGGACUGCUGGGCGCUGAGCUGCCUCCCGGGGGUGGGGAGGUCCGGGGUGCACUCGGCCUCCGCGGCCUCCUCCUAGAGAGCCCCCUGGCCUGCUGCCUGCUUCACCCCUGCCACCCUCCCAGGGGCGUCCUGGGUGGUGAAGUCUCUUUGCAAGGUCCAGACUCCAAUCCUGACGCAGCCACAUACUAGCCGCCUGUAGUUGUAGACCUCCGGGCUCUGUCAAAAAGGAAAGAACAUUCUUUGUAACCCGAAUGUUUCCUAGACUUUGCCAGUGUUUGGAUACAGAUAAUAUGCCAUUGCUUUCAAAAUCUCUAGGCAUAAAUCCCAAAGUCCUAAAAAGGGCCUACAAGAGCUGACUGGCUCCUGCUUCUCAGCAUCCUGUCAUCCUCAUUUUCCGUCUUCUCCUCUCCCACAUCUACCCGUCUUCGUGGCUUGAGUCACCUUAUCAGUCCCUGGAACAGACCAGUUUCCUCCUUUUCAAAGCCUUUGCAACUGACUGCCAGGAAUGAUGUCCCUCUGUCUCCUUUGCUAAGUUAAUUCCUUUUCAUUCUCACUUCCUCAAACGUAGUGGUAGGGAAACCUUUCUUGAUCAGCACCACAUACACCAUUCCCUAGACUGGGUUAGAUCUGGUUGCUCCUUUAUAGCUCUUUCCACAAUUGCAAUCAAGCAAUUAACUGGUUCUUUUUUUUUUUUCUGCUGUUCUUUCUCUCUGUAUUUAUGUUGAUCCAUAAGAAAGUGCCAUUUUUGUAGACCCAAAAGGGUUGAAUAGUGGCAGUUUUAUUUUCAUCCAAUUCAACUUAAUAAAUUCCAUGUUUGUCUUAUUUACUGCUUGCUACUGUGCCUUGCACAUAGUAAGACCUCAGUAUGUCAGAUGAAUGCUUGAAACCUGAAUAUCAUUAGCUUAAAAUGCUCAAGGACUCACUCAGACAUUCUAGUCUCUGGUAGAUUUUCCUCAGGUGUUUCUGGGAUUCUCCAAGCUUGUAUUACCAGAGGCAUUCUUGGAUCAGUCCUGAUGAUUGCUUUCUUCAGCUGUUGCUGGUUACCUGUGACUCUGCCGUCACCUCCACUGUCCCAAGAGUCCUGUGCCAAGACUUGGUGAUAACCAAGCUGGAGAUCCAUCCUGCCAUUAGCUGGGACAGGGAUAGGCCAGACUCGCUGCCUUCUGCUUCAGCUGAGCCGGGACUCUGUCACUGGGUGCAAAUCCCUGGCAAUGGUUCUGGCCACCAGUGCUUUCCCUCCUCGUGCCUUGAUGACUUAGCAGUUGGCUUCAAGUGGGGAAAUGGAACCACUCCCUCUCCUCGGCCAUGUUAUUGGGGGCCCCAUAGCAAGACUGCUUGGGUCUCAAGGACUUUAGCUUAAUGAGUGAGGGCACCAUGUUCAUGUUGCCAAGUCAGAUGGGUCAGGAAGGGUUCACCAGUCAGCUACCAUGUCUUACUGACCUCAGGUCAUAUUGCUGAAUUUGCCUUCUAAUGGUAAAUUUGAGAAAUUUCUUCUUUAAUUUUUGAUACAUUACCUUUCAUUGGUCCCUUAUUCCUUCUUUAAAUGUUUUCUUUUACAUUUAAAAAAUAUACAUGUUCAUGAAAAGAAAUUCAAAGCAGUAGAGAAAAAUGCAAAAUAAAAAAUAAAGCUUCCCCCAGUGGUAACCACCAUUCACAGUUUCUUGUUGUGUAUAUCUUUCCAGAGAUUUUCUAUUACAGGACAGAUAUAGGUAUAGUCAAUUUCCUUCAAGAAUCCACAAAUGGGAUAGUGUUGCAAGGCUCUUCUGCCCUUUUCCUCAUUUAAUGUAUCUUGUACAUCUUUUUAUAUCAGCACGUAUAGAUCUACCUCAUUCUUUUUAAUAGAUGCAGAGUAUUGAUUUUACUCAAUUGGUCCCACUGUUGACGGGCAUUUCUUUUAACAUCUUUAUUGGAGUGUAAUUGCUUUACAAUGGUGUAUUAGUUUCUGCUGUAUAACAAAGUGAAUCAGCUAUACAUAUACAUAUAUUCCCAUUUCUCCUCCCUCUUUGCAUCUCCCUACCACCCUCCCUAUCCCACCCCUUGGGCAUUUGUUUUACUGUGAUAAAUAAUGAUGCAAUGAGUGUCCCUGUCCACAAAUCUUUGCAUACUUGUAAAUCUGUAGAAUAAAUUCCUGGCAGUGAAAUUGCUGCGUCAAGGAGUAUGUGUGUGCACUUAAAUGGUUUAAUUAAAUCACCAAAUUGCCUCCAAAAAUGCAGCACCAAUUACACACCCAUCAACAGCUCCUAACAGUCCCUGUUUUAUCACACCCU